AUGGCUGAGCCUCGGCCAUCCACUGACCAGGAGAGUGCCCCGCUCCUCCGCCGUGAGGACGGCGACGAACCCGACACUAAUGGUGGUGCGAGUGUGCUUGAUCCCUCGCAGCUCAACAACCGCGAGAAAGUCCUUGCAGUACUUGUUCUAGCUCUCCUCGCUAUCGCCGGCACUUUCAUCGGCCUCUUCGCGGGGACUGAGGUGGCGCUAAAGAAGGAGCGUGCUAACCACCCAACUAGUACGGUCACGGUCACUCGACACCAUCCUUCACCAACCGGCAAGCCUCGCAAGUCAGUAUGUACCACCCCAGAGUGCGUAACGGCUGCCGCCGAGAUCAUCCGGUCUGUCAAUGUCUCGGCGGAUCCUUGCGACGACUUUUACGAGUUCGCCAACGGUGGAUGGCUCGAUGCCAACAACAUCCCCCCCGACCGAGGCAUUUACGGCCAGUUUAACGCGGUUUCGGACCGUAAUAAGAAGACGCUCCUCAAGAUCAUCGAGGCCAUCCAUAUCGACGAGGCUGGCUUUGACGCCGCGACGGAUAACCUUCGUAAACUCAAGGAUACUUACACCUCGUGCAUGGACAUCGAGACAAUGAACAAGCGAGGCUCUGAGCCGAUCGUUCCUCUUGUCAGAGAAGUGGUCAGGACCAUCGGCACAUUCGAUGUCAACCCUAUGCCUGAAUCCGAAUCGCUUGUCGACGUGGCAUUCUGGACCGGGGCAUACACUCCGGACUACGAAAUCUCAGAGUCACUCCGUGCAACCGCCUUGACCCCCCAGGACGUUGCUCACCACCUCCGCCGCGCAGCCACGAUCCAGGUGCCGAGUCAGCAGUCUGUUCUCGAGCCUGAGGAGGAGGAGGUUGAGCCCGCCCGUAGACAGAAGAUUACCAAGGCACUCGCAUUCCUGCACGCCCGUGGGAUCGACGCCCUGUUCAACUUCAUUAUCGAAGGCGACGCUGGAGGAGAGAACUCGCAAAUUCAGUCGCUCUUUUUCUACCAGUCGUUUGGCGGCCUCCCCUCCAAACAGUAUUACGAGGAAAAGCCUAUCCUCGACCUGUACCAGUCGGUUAUUUCUGGGGUUCUUCGGAGCGUCGCCGAGGAGUCGCUGGUCAGUCACGGAAAGCGUGACCUGUUCACGGACAUCAUGCAAGAGGCUGCCCAGGAGGCGGUCGAGGACGGCUGGCCCUGGCCCUGGCCGGGAGGCGACAAGGAUGAUCCGGUCAAGACCGAGCCCCUUGACAAGCGGAUGGACAAGCUUGCUGCAAAAGUGGUUGCAUUCGAGCGCAAAAUUGCUCGGGCUGGUGCGGACCCCGAAUACCUUUUCAACCCUCACUUCUCGUACAAUCCGUACUCUGCCAAGGACGUACAAAAGGCGCUCCCUUUCAUUGACCUCGGGGCAUACUUAUCGGCAAUGGGACCACGCAAGUACCCAUCCAAGAUUGUAGUCUCGCAUCCGCCGUACCUCAAACAAAUCACCCAGCUGGUCAAGGACGUUCCUGACCACGUCCUUAGCGCGUAUCUUGUCUCGAAGCUCGCCUUGGCUUACGGCGGCGCUCUUGGACCAAAGACCGAAAUCCGAAAGCAAGUCAAGCAGCUCAGCAACGUGCUCACCGGUGUGAAGCCCGGUACUGAAGAGAAUCGUCAGGACAUUUGCCUCGGAGCAGUUGACUCUAUAGUCGGCUUCAUCGCCGGCCGUGAGUUUGUGCAGGCUUCCUUCUCGCCCGAGGCAAAGGCGGACGGCGAGCACAUCAUCAACUCGAUUGUUGAGGCAUUCUAUGACAAGCUUCCGCGCAUCAUGUGGAUGGACGAAAAGUCGGCGGCCGCGGCUCAAAAAAAGGCCAAAGCUAUCAUCCCCAAGGUUGGCUACCCCUUGAGCCCCAACACAACCGAUCCCAACUCCAUUCGUGACUGGUAUCAGAAUGUCCAGAUCGUCGCCGACGACUACUUCGGCAACGUUCUCGGCAGUGAAAUCAUGGGCAAUCGACGCGCCUGGCUGUCGCUCGGCCGCGAGCGCAACCGCAACACUUGGGAGAUGUACCCACAGACUGUUAACGCCUACUAUUCGCCUCCGGAUGGCGAAAUUGUAUUCCCAGCCGGCAUCCUUCAGCCGCCUUUUUACUCGUACGACUGGCCGUCGCACCUCAAGUAUGGGGCGUUCGGAGCCGUGGCCGCACAUGAGCUCACGCACGCGUUCGACAACUCGGGGGCCCAGUAUGACGAACACGGCCGUCUGCGCGACUGGUGGACCAAUAAGACGGUCAAGGCUUUCCAGGAGCGAGCGCAAUGCGUCUCUCGCCAGUACUCCCAAUACUAUGUUGUCGACGACAACGGCAAUAAGGUAUACGUCAACGGUAAUCUCACAAACGGUGAGGAUAUCGCGGACUCGGGCCUUGCGCAGGCGUAUGCAGCGUGGAAGACCGACGCAAAGCACGCGCAGUCACUUCCUGGCCUUGAUUACACGCCAGAGCAGCUCUUUUUCAUCUCAUUUGGACGUAUUUGGGCGACCCUUGCACGCCCAGCCACUGCCGUGUCCCGUGUGCGCACCGACCCGCACUCGCCUCCGUACUGGCGUGUAAUUGGCACGCUGCGGGACAAUGACGCGUUCCACAAGGCGUUCAACUGCAAGCCGGGCACGCCGAUGAACCCGCCGAAGAGCGAGCAAUGCUCGUUGUGGUAG